AUGAUCCCUCUAAAGACCUACGGGGAGUACUCAGACCUCGUGAUAUCCUGCGGAGGAAGGGAAUACCAUAUGCAUAGGGCCAUCGUAUGCACGCAGUCCGAGUUCUUCUCUGCAACUUGCCGCGGAAGUUUCAAGGCUAGAAAGAUUGACCUCCCAGAUGAUGACCCUCGGCUUGUCCAUAUAAUGGUACAUUAUCUAUACCACUUCGACUAUGACGUACGGCUACAACACGAGCGUAGUGGUUUUGAUGGGUUAGAAAUGGACGGAUACGAAACCAACGUCAAUGAACCGGCAGCGGACGCCCUUCUGACUCAUGCAAAAAUUUACGCCUUAGCAGAGAAGUACUUGAUCCGUGGAUUGAAGGCUGUCGCGCUUCGACAAUUCAAGGCGGCGGCUACUGUCUCCUUGGAUAUCGAUGAUAUCCUUGGGGCAGCGCUAGUGGUGUACGAAUCCACUAUUGAAGAUGACAGAGGCUUAAGAGAUGUCGUCGUGGAAACCCUUUGUAAGCAUUCCGAAUGGCUAGACGAGGAGAAGGUGCGAGAUGUGGUUAAGGAGCUGGGAGCUUUAACGUAUGAUAUCGUUAUAUAUAUGCGCCAAAAGCAUAGGUUCUUCUAA